UACACGUUUCAAAAGUCCCCUUCGAUCAGCUGAUUAAACACAGCAAAAUUUCACUGACUGUAAAUCACAAAGUGAUCGCUGUAAAUGGCCUUAUAGUCGUUAGUAAAGCAUCUGAUAUGGAACUCCAAGGAUUUCAAAGGAAAAAGAAGCCGUCUCUGAUCAACCGUUCGGUGCUACCCACGAAGUUGAUCAACUUGUUUCUGUCGGCUGGUGAAGCGAAUCUUCUGCCGUUUUUGCCGAUGUUUUAUCGUUUUAUUGGAUUAACAGCUCUUCAAAAUGGUGUGCUGGGAAGUGCGAGACAUUUGGUAUCUUUCUGGGCCUCCCCUUUGCUACGGAUUAUCGCCGAAAAGACAAAUAAGAGAAAGUUUCUUUUUCUUGUCUUACUCUUAGCCUCAGUGAUUUCCAAUAUUUCCCUUGGACUAAUAAGCACGCCGGUAUCCACAACAAACUUCCGGGCUUAUAACUGCGAGAAUUUAGAACUUAAUCACAGCAUUUCAAGAGUCAAUGGAUCCGACAUGAAUCACCUAAACGCUUCAACAAAGAAGUCAUCAGGAAUAUCUACAACAGGUGCCAUCAAUGAUUCACUCGCCACAUUAUUUCCAAAUCAGCGGCUAGCUGCAAUGGGAAAUUUUACGCCGUUAAAUGACAAUACGUCAACGAUAAACAAACGAUUUGACAUUGGAUUGCGGAAAAUUAAACGAAGUGACUCUACAAACAAUGGAAAUAUUUUAAGCCUUCCGGGCCUACCGCCUCUGGCACCCCAAGUUAAUAAUUCAGCAGGCACACAUAACAAAAGCCAAACCGACUACUUAAAUUAUCAAGUGCAAAGCGAAUGGUAUGGCCUCUACGGGUUUAGAAUGGAUUACACUUUUAACGUUCUAUUCAUUUUAGUACUUUUAAGUGAACUUUUUAUGUCCUCUAUGAAAGCAAUCAUUGGAAGUUUGUUUUUUGACCUAAACCGACAAAACAAAAUUACUCGCUUCGCUUACAAUUUCUGGACAUCUUUAGGAACAGUUCUUGGAGGUGGGGUACUUAUUAUGGUCAUAGGCUAUUAUCGAUGUGAUUUUGGCCUGAUAAACAGUUUCUACUUACAUUUUUACAUUUUUGCAAUCUUUGGAACUGUAUCCUUUGCUUUAGCUGCACUCUUGAAGGAACAAGAGCAAAAGUCAAUCCUGGUUCUAAGAUUUGCAAGGACCUGUGGGUAUCUCUGCUGCGAUGUAAACAUGAUAUGCUUCCUUGCUGUGUUGCUAGUACUGGGCAUAGCAGAGUCUCUGAUGUACAACUUUAUGAUGUGGUACCUACAGGACAUUGGAGCAUCAAUUGUUGUUAUGGGUAUAAUUUUAGUAGCAAGUGCAUUCUCCGAAAUUCCAACGCAGUACAUAUCUACACACUUAAUUCGCUGCUUUGGUCAUCACUGGGUAAUAUUUGUUUCUCUCUUCUGAUAUGGAGGCCGCUUUCUUUAUUUUUCGUACUUUAAAAACCCCUGGCUUAUUAUUCCCAUAGAACUUCUUCAUGGUCUUUCAUAUACAACAGUUCAUAUGGCUUGUUCAUCAUAUGCAGCUACAGUGGCCUUUCAGGGAACAGAAAAGACACUCAAAAUCAUUUUCUCCACAGUAUACCAUGGUUUGGGUAUGGGAAUUGGUGGUGUGGCUGUGGCACUCUUGUAUCAAAUUUAUGGCCCUGUAAUUAUUUUUCGCUGUGCAGCAGGAGUGUGUGGUGUAUAUGCACUGAUUUUUGCCAUGCUUCAGUGUAUUCUUGUACUACCUGAUGGAGACAGGAGUGGGGGAAAAGUUAUGGAAUAUCAACAGAUUAGUUUGAAUGGAGAAAGAGGUGAUGUGCCAUUUCAGGCAGACUGGUUAAUGGAAGCUCUACAGGCUGCAGAGGAGGAAGGACAAGAAGAAACUCAUUUCACAAGAUAAUUAGUUAAGAUGACCAGAGUUCAUAAAUAUGCAACUGUCAUUGUCUUUUUUGAGAAGUUAUGAAUUUGAAAAUACUUUCCUCCAUAUAAAAUAUUAUAAUUUUAAGAGAAAUAACUUUUCGUCUAUGGAUGCUGUAUUUCUACCCACUCACCUGGAAUCUAAUGUAAAGAAACAUGGUACAAUUAAA